AUGAUUCAGGAGCUAUGUCAGGGCAUUACGUGGCGUAAUGUCCCAUCGCUGUCGAAUCCAGUGGACUUGGCGUCUCGCGGAUGCGAAGUGCCUGAGCUCCUGGAGUCCAUAUGGCUAGAAGGUCCGACAUUUUUAUCUUCAUCGCAAGAACGCCACGUUCCACUGAGGAUGUAUUCCGACAACGGGACAAAUUUCGUCGGAGCCCGGAACGAGCUGCAGAGGCUUCAGGAAGCGUUCGAGGAGCAGCAGUCCAGCCUGAGGACGUUCGCGGCGGAGCAAGGGAUGGAGUGGAAGUUCAUCCCCCCGCGAGCACCGCACUUCGGCGGUUUAUGGGAGGCGGCCGUCAAGUCGGCAAAGCUCCUGAUCGUGCGGCAGGUCGCGGACGCCGCGCUCACCGAGAGCGAGGUGAGGACCGUGUUGGCCGAGGCCGAGGCCAUCAUGAACUCCAGGCCGCUCACUCCAGCCAGUACGGAUCCAAACGACGGAGAGGUGCUUACGCCAGGCCACUUUUUGAUCGGCCAGCCCCUUCGUUCGCUGCCGCAAGGGUGCGAGCCAGACGGACGGAGCAGCGGUACCACCUUUACCAAAAGGUGGCAACUACUCUCCGAGCUCAAACGACGGUUCUGGCAGGCUUGGUCGAAGGACUACGUCCACAACCUGCAGGGGCGCAGCAAAUGGCAAACCCCAGAGGCCAACAUCGAGGUCGGCGCCAUGGUGGUGGUCCACAACGACCAUACGCCGCCGCAGCAGUGGAUCACCGGCAGGGUCACCAGCGUCGUCGUGGGAGCAGACGGCAAGGUCAGGGUGGCAGAGAACGCUGUUCGCGAGUUAAAGCCGCAAAAAAACCGCCGAGCCAACAAUCGACAAUCCAGAAGGAAGAUCACGGAAUCCACGGAAGACCACAUUGGAGACCGCCAUCCACACCUACAACCGAAGCAGAACAUGGACAUUGAGUUGCCAACGCCCAGGGAAGUGGAUUCAUCCGACGACCAGGUAACAAUGCCAAAGCAAUAG